GCCGGAUCUUAUUUCUAUUUAAUUUAAUUAAUACUCAAGAAAAUUAGAAUUUAAAGUUUCUCUGAUUCCACACUUUCUCUCCAUUUUUUUGGCCGGAGAAGUAUUCAGCUAACGGAGAGUAUCAUACGGAGUAAUUCUUAAUUUUGUUUUUAAUUUUGCUGUAAAGUUUGUUCAUUUGGAGAGCGUGAGUAUGCCAAUCUGUGAGGUGGGAAAGUAUCAAAACGACGAGGAUGCUGCUAAAAACAAAGGCAUCAAGAUUUUCUACAGGACUUACGGCCAGGGACCAGCUAAGGUCCUCAUGAUUAUUGGAUUGGCGGGAACGCAUGAUUCGUGGAUUCCGCAAAUCAAGGAGCUCGCUGGGACGGUGUAUCCAAAUGACUACGAAUCUCCGUCAGGCGAUAUGAGCUCCGGCGACGACGGUGGUGAUGGAAACAUUGAAGUUUGUGCUUUCGAUAAUCGUGGAAUGGGUUUGAGCUCCGUGCCCAUGAAAAAAUAUCAAUAUACAACAAGAAUUAUGGCCAAAGAUGCAAUAGCUUUAAUGGAUCACUUAGGUUGGGAAAAAGCGCAUAUCUUUGGUCAUUCAAUGGGAGGUAUGAUUGCUUGCAAGCUGGCUGCUUUGGUACCCAACAGAGUUCUGUCUUUGGCUUUACUAAAUGUAACUGGUGGAGGUUUCCAGUGCAUACCAAAGUUUGACCGUCGAACUUUGUCAAUUGCUGUCCGUUUUCUGAAGGCAAAAACUCCUGAGCAAAGGGCAGCAGUUGAUCUCGAUACCCAUUAUUCAAAGGAAUUUCUUGAGGAAUAUGUAGGGGCCAAUACGCGUAGAGCAAUAUUGUAUCAAGAAUAUGUGAAAGCUAUAUCAGCAACAGGGAUGCAGUCAAGUUAUGGAUUAGACGGUCAGAUCAAUGCUUGCUGGACACAUAAGUUGUCUAAAAAAGAGUUCGAGUCCAUUUGCUCAGCUGAGUUUCCCAUAUCCGUAAUUCAUGGCAGGGAUGAUGUCAUUGCCCAAUUAUGCCAUGCACGAACACUAGCAGAAAAGUUAUACCCUUUUGCUAGAAUGGUGGAACUUCAUGGAGGACACCUUGUGAGUCACGAAAGGACCGAAGAGGUCAAUGAAGCACUUCUUCAGCUAAUCAAAGCUUCAGAAAGCAAGAUUAAUGCCUUAGAAUGGACAAAUUUGACCAAGGAAACUACUGGAUGGAAGAGGACACCGCUGUCGAUUGCCAGGCCAGAUGGUUUAUCUUUUGUUAGUUACAUAAUAGAGAGGCUUCAAGUCUUUCUUCUUUACAUUUUUGGCCUAUUUCUACUAGCAUUUGAGCACACGAUAAAAGCUUUUAAGAGUGUACUAAAACCAGCAAAAAUUGGAGCUACCCUUACAUGAAGCAAAAAAGCCAGUGUGGGACAAGUGAUCAUUAUUUAUUGUGUGACCCAUAUACCCCUUAUACUGUCCAUUUUUUUCUCAAUAACACUGAUCUUGAUCAUUAGUUGCA